CUUGGCGUAUUGAGGAAAGUUUGUAAAGCGUAAUUCGUCAGUUUUACACAUUCUAUAAUUGUUCUUUAGCAUUACAUUACAGACUAUAAACAUGAAAGGAGAAAAAGAGAAGAGUGAAAAAUAAGAGACGAGUAGCCUUGGGAAGUGUCUGUACUCAUGUGAUUGGCUGACAGUUCUUUUGUCUCUGUAGUUCCACUAUAAAAGCUCUGCUAACAGUUCUCUAGUGUUCUAUCAGUUUGGAAUACUGCGUACCAUAAGGAUCUACAACUCAUCAUGAUUUUUACGCAAUGGAUUAACAUACCUGGAUAUUACCACCUAUAAAUUCUGCCAAGUAACUUGUUUGGUUUUAGAUUUUCUGAUUAUCAACUACUUCAAAGAGUACUUUUUUUCCAACUGUUGGACACAUUUUUGCGCACACUGUACACCAUGGCAAAUACUUGCUUACAGUUCACGGGUUUUGUGAUGAGUUUUCUUGGUUGGAUCGGGCUAAUCAUCGCCACUGCCACUAAUGAAUGGGUAGUCACUUGUAAAUAUAACAUGAACACCUGUAAGAAGAUGGAUGAACUGGAGGCCAAAGGUUUGUGGGCAGACUGUGUGAUCUCUACUGCGCUGUAUCACUGCAUCACUCUCACGCAGAUUCUCGAGCUACCAGCGUAUAUCCAGACAUCUCGAGCGUUAAUGGUCACGGCAUCGAUCCUGGGAUUGCCGGCCGUCGCGCUCGUUCUCAUGUCCAUGUCCUGUAUUAACCUCGGAAGUGAACCAGAAAGCGCCAAGAACAAACGAUCAGUGCUUGGGGGGACCAUAAUACUGCUGACUGCUUUUUGCGGCGUCGUCUCCACCGUGUGGUUUCCCAUCGGGGCCCAUCACGAGAGGGGCUUGAUGUCCUUCGGCUUCUCCCUGUAUUCGGGCUGGGUGGGCACUGCACUUUGUUUGCUGGGAGGCUGUAUGAUCACCUGCUGUUCAGUAGACACCCCUGCUACAUACACUGACAACAAUCGAUUCUACUACUCCAAACAGGGCCCCGCUCAUUCCGGCCCCGCCUCCACUAACCACGCCAAAAGUGCUCACGUGUGAGCUUCGGGAUUGCUGCUCAGAUCUGAUUUCUACUCUGUUUUUGCUUUCUCUCUCUCUCUCCACUGUUUCUUAUUUCAACAAUGUCUCUAUCUACAGUGGUGACUCUUUGGAUAGUUAUCGUACAGCUGAACUCUGACCUUUUGACACGGCAGCAGGGUUAGUCACCCUGGGUGAGAAAGGACAGUUACUGGUGAAGGACCUGCAGUGAAGGAUUCAGUGUUUAAAGGGUCUUCUACUGAUUCUGCUCAGUACAAUGUGCCAUUUUAAGUCCUAUUUUUGUAGUGAGAAAUGAGUUUUUGCAUUUUUAUAUGAAUACUAACAGUAUUGUCAAUGUUGUUCUUAUUCUAAAUCUUUCAGUUUAUUUCAGUCUUUGUACAGCUAUAUUUCGUUUUGAUUAAUUUCAGACCAUUUCAGAAUAGCCGCGCAAACAAAACUACACCAAAAUUGGACCAAAGCAGUAAUUAUUUAGCAAUAUUAUUUAUUGUAAUACUUGUAUGCAGUUUUUAUUAAGUUUGUUGUAAUAAACAAUGUUGUCCAUGUGAAAAUGCCUGUGAAAUUGUGUUUUUUGAUUAUAGGUAACAUGUCAUUUUUAUAAAUAAAUCCCUCUGUGCUGGGAAACUGAACUGAAUUGCUCUCCGCAGGACUGUAUACUGUCGAGAAUGCAGCGUCUGCUGUCAGAUGCCCAGGCAGGUGUAGUGCAUCAUCAUUAAACCUCUCAUUUAUUCUCACUAAAAGCACUCGAGACGCACAUACAAUUCAGGCAUCCAAGACAUGUACGCAUAUCGAUUUCUCUCACUCCAAUGAGAAACUCGCCUCAUUACGACCAAUGGGUAACUCGAUGACGGGCAGACAGCGCUGAUUAAAGGUUAACGGUCACAUUUGGCCAUAAAGGAAGAUUUAUGCUCCGGUUGCGAUGAGUCUCUGUCUUUGUUCUCUGGUUGGGGUCCUUGCACUGAAUGCUUCCUGUGAUACAUGGAGUUUCAGUGGGCAUACAGUAAAAAAUAGCUGAGGAUAUAAGCAACAUGAGAAUGCUUUUAUACAUGGUGUAAAAAAAACCCCCAGCAAAUUUAACCACAAUAAAUUUAUCUGUGUAGGGUGAUUUUUAGAUGUCAAAUAUUGCUUUUCCGUAGAUCUUAUAUGUUCAGUCUUUGGUUAGAGGUAGUUUGGGGUGAAGAAAAUUCAAUGAAAAUUUGUAUUGGAAUCUACAGUAUUUUUCUUUUCCACAUAUGGCUGCAAAUAACAACCUAAAAGCAGAAGGAGAGACAGACGAAGCAGAGAUUGACCUUAACUAGAAGGAAUCAGGAAGAUGAAAAGUUAUUGUUAAUACAGCCUUCAUUGGAGAGAAGUUGUUUAGCACUUUGUUUUUUAAAGGGUCAUGAAACACUAACACAUAUUUAAGAGGUUAACAAAUACUGUGUGUUGCAGAUAAUAUACAUGUUACUUUAUUUGAAGAGUAAAGUAGAUCGUUUAGGACUUUUGGGUCUAUUUUAGUAUUUGGUGUCAUGAACAAAUGAGUCCCCUAGCAUAAAUGUGUCUGCCUAAUGAUCGCAUUGGCUGAAAGGUCUUUUAAUGUGAGCUCUAUUCAGUGCCUGAUUAGAAAACCUACACACUUGGCUCAUGCUAUAUGUUGUCUUAAUUAUGUAAAUGUAUCUCUAAUUACCUUUACAUUUUUUCUAAUAAUUUCACAAAGCUAGUGUGAAAUAUUCCUAAUUUUUUAACUGCUCAGCAUACUAGCUUAGCAUACCACUAGCCUGUUAGCCUGCUAGAUUAAUACAUCUAUCAUCUUUAAUAAUUCAAGAACAUGCAAAUAAUAAAAUGUAACACAAAAAAAAAAAACAUUUAAUUUAAAAUACAUUUAAUAAAAUCACCUGUUGUACAAUAUAGCAGGCUACAGUAGUGAACAGUUAACAUACAAGAUACAAUAGUAACAGACUAUUCCCAAGUGUGAACCUAUUUGUUAGGGGGAACCCAGCUAUUCAUGGCACCGGAUUUGAAAUCAAUAUUGAGUCAGAAUCAACAGGAUGUGACAUUUUUGUUAACUAAAAUCAUUGUCAGAUGUUUCUUUCUACACCCACUUCUGUGUAAUUUUCAAAACGGAUGAAAACUGAUUCAUGGUGGGUUUCAUGACCCUUUAAUGUUCUUUGCAUAAUUUUAGAAAGGGUAUAUCAGCAUUUGCACAAACAUAUGACAACUUCAUUCACUAAUCAAAGUAUUGUAUGGGGUCAAUUUCUUGCAAGAGAAUAAUCAUAUUCCAAUGUGAAAAUACAGCAACCAUGACUUGCUAAUUUUAGUUUGACUGUUUUCCUUGGGAAAACUGAUAGUAGCUUAAAAAUGACAAAACUGUGUAUUGGUACCUAAAAAAUGUACUGAUUAAAAUCUCACAGUAUGAGACUAACCUUGAACUGACCAGAAAAAUAUGCAGUUUCCAGAAUGUUCUGAAAACACCAAAAGGCUUCUUACAGGAAAUGACUGAUACUUUGAGCAGUGAGUUAACAUCACCUUUUGCAUAAGGAUUAGGAUGUGCUAGUAUUAAAUCAACUAAUAUGUUUGCAUAAGCAUAAAAGUGCAUAAUAUUUACAUGUUUUUAAGCAUAUAAGGAAAAUGUAACCAUCUACCACACACCAUCAAAGCAUUUACCGUCAUCCUCGCGUCCAGGAUUAGCACCAGGAUAUUUUGCAUCAGAAAAAGGGGAGGCUUCCCCCCAAAACAGAUGACGUACAAUAUAAGGACAUCACAUUUGAAUCUGAUUCAGGCUGAUGACAGAUGACACAAAUGAUGUCCUAUGAAUGCCUCAUAGGAAUAACACUUAUGAAGACCCUCCCACAAAAGGAGUGUGCUUCAGGUUGUGUCGAUGUCUGCGCCAUACAGACAGACGGGUCUGAACUGUAUGAAUUGAACAUAACAACAUGCUUUGAGAUCUCCAAACCAUAUUGUACUACAUCGACCACCAUUGCAGCAAUGAUAAUGGAACAGUACGUCUCGAUCUGUUCAUCUCAUUCCUCUGCAUAGCCAGCGGCGCCCCUCCCAGUAUGACCAUGUUUGUUUUGUGCUCAGGUACGACCCUCGGAUCGCUGUUAUUCUAGGCUCGGCGCUCCACCCCACAGGAAACAGAGUGGGUCUGCACUGCUUACACAAGCCACCCAUGUGAGGAUAUUUAUUACCUCUGAUUUCGGGUUGUGUGAGACCGCCUUAAAGCGAAAGGAAAACCAAGAGUCACGCUUAUCUGAUCUGCAAUAAAUGACUUUCAUUGUUGCAUGGAAGCAAUAUUAACAUCUCAUUACACAGUGCAACGGGAGAGCAAAACCACAAGUAGAAGAAACAAUAAAUAGAUUCUUUAAAAAAAUCAUUGAAACUAGAAUACAUCCACUUCAUACCAAAAUAUACAGCAGAAACAAAGAUCAGAUUUGCAAGGGAAGCCAAUCUCCACAUUUCCUGAACAAAUACCGAACAAACUAUGAUAGCAGGAAAGAUAGUUCACAAAGUACAAACACUGUACCUUUUCUCAGAGACAAAUAACAAAUAGUAGCUGACUUUAAAAGCAAUAGUGGAAACAUUUUUGAUUUUUUUUUUUUACAGACAGAUUUUUAAUAAAAUAUUUCUGUAUGUAGAUUUGAAUCUUACUUAAAGGGAAAGUUCACCGACAAAUGACAAUUCGGUCAUUAUUUACUCACAAACCUGACUUCCGGUGAACUCAAAAUAACUGCUUUUGUCCAAAAUGAAAGUCAAUGGGAUCCAAAACAACAUCACUGAAUUCCGUUGUAUAGACAAUAUUUUUUUUCUAAAUAUCUUACAGAUUUGGAUGGUGAGUAAAUGCUGACAGAAUAUUCAUUUUGCGGUGAACUACCCUUUUAAAACCUUGCCCUCUUUAAGUCUAUUCUUAUGUGCUAACAUUUAUUUAAAUCACAACUACGAAAUCAAAAUCCAAACGUCUCCAGUUACGUUUUUAGAAAGAGGUCAUUAAAAAUAUAUGCUUUCACCACUUUUCUUUAGAAGUUCUUCUGAACCCACAAAACACCACCAGCGGUGGCUACGCUACCCCAACGGAGAACCUGAAGGUAUGAAAUGCCUGUAAAAAAAUACUUCUCUUCGAUAUCUCGCGUCUCCACACUGUUAUAUGGUGUUCUACUCUACAGAAGUAAAAUGGUGUCUUUUGUCGGAUACAGUAAACAAAGGUUGCAGACUUUGGCUUGCUUUGUAAACAGAGGCCACUCGGGAAUAGGAGGGUUCGAGGGGGUGUACGGUGGGCAGGCUGCUACCCUCAUCUCUCAGAAUGCUACAUUUGAGAGUUACAUCAAGUCUUUCAACGGUCACCACACAUGCAAAUACUCACAAACAGUUUACUCUGGGCCCGUUUGUUCUGAACAUGCUACACAUUCAGCAAAAU